AUGCUUGGAAACAGAUCGAUGGGUUUUCGGAGACUCACUGCAGCGCAGAAGGCGCUACUGACACUCCACAAGAUCCAAGCACGAAGUUUAUUUCUUGUCGUGAAUGGGUUACUCAUACUACUCGUCAUUUAUACAUCCAACCAAUUUCCUCGCAAGUUUGUGCGUGUGCAGGGCGACUGUGACAGCAAUUGGUUGCAUGUUGAUGCUAUCGAAGGAUCGGAAGCUAUCUGUUGCAAUAAUGAAAUAGGAGGUUAUGAGGAUGCGCCAUGCUACACGGGCAUGGAUCUCAUGCCAAUAGUCAGCUCUCUUCAAGGAGCGUGGACGAUCCCCUUGACGGCUCUAGUUUUAAAUUACGGCUCUAUGAUGCUUGGACCGAACGUGAGUAUGCCUCGUGUCCGUAUUUACGUACGCCGAGGCCUGCUUUAUGUAGCAGUGAUGGCUUUCCGCACAGUGGUACUCUAUAUUGGACUUGGAUUGAUUGAAGAGCGGAUGCUUCAUCUUACCGGACGCUCGAGCUCCUGCUGGUAUGCUGACUUGCGUCAUGGCAAGCGCUGCCCAGCGAACUUUGAUCACUCGGACCAUAUUGUGCUGCUGGUAAGUCACUACAUGGCAAUUCCAUUGUUUGAAUGGUUUGCUGUAAAUGUCGAAAGUGCUGGACCAAGCUUAAAGCGAACACUACUGCGCGCGUGGCUGAUUAUUCUAGGCGGAAUGGCAACGUAUUUGCUCGUUUUUACAGCGUCGUACUUUCACACGACAGCCGAGAAUCUUUUGGGUCUGAUCAUUGCACAGGGUGGUGUCAUGGUACCACUAGCGCUACUAUCUCAGGACUAUUUUUCUACGUACAAGUGGUUGCGUCUCAGCAACUUUGUACUGCCACCCGAGGACUAUAAGAAAGACUACUGA